CAAUUCCCAGCAAGUCAGUGAACGUAAAGGUUGUGCUCAGUCAAGACGUGCUGUGCUGUGCUGACUGGUGGCGCUGAACCGGUCCCCCAGAGAAAGAUGAAGUCGGUGGUGUGUGUGGUUGUGGUGGUGGCGGCGGUGAUGGUGGUGGAGGGAGAAGCGACGACAGGAGGAAAGGUGAAGCGACAGAUCUAUUACCCGGACAGUCAGAGAACGGGACAACUCCCUCUGUCCCCCGAGUACCCCGCCCCCUCCGGCCCCUCCGAGUACAGCCCCCGCCCCCCGCAGCGCCCCGCCCGGCCGACCUACCAGGAACCCGCCCGGCCGACCUACCAGGCUCGCCCCCAUAGCAGCGAGGAAUACGAGAAGAAGAACAGCAUCCCGGGGGAGCCUGGCGUGGACUACCCGAUCUAUGACAAGAUUCCCUACACCAAGUUCAGCUGCUCCGAUGUGCCCUACAGACCCGGUAUUUACGCCAACCCCGAGGCCGGCUGCCAGGUGUACCACGUGUGUGAUGACGACAGGUACGGUCCCCAGGGCGCCCAGUUUCUCUGUACAAAUGGCACGCUCUUCAACCAGGAAGUGUUCACCUGUGACUGGUGGUACAACGUGGACUGCUCAAAGGCUACGUCGUUCUACAGCCUGAACGAGGACCCGGAGUUCAACCCUUACUACCAGAAGCCGUACGAAGGGCCCCUAGCCAGCCCCGCCCCCUACGCUGAUGGCCCCGCCCCCUAUGCUGACGCCCCCGCCCCACCCAGAAACCCCUACUACCAGUGAUGAUGAUGAUGAUUGGGGGUGAUAAGGGUCGGGGGUGAUUAGAUGUGGAGUUUAUGGGUUCAAUGUGCUCUUGUGACCUGACCUUUACCCCCCUUUCUCCUCCUCCUCCUCCUCCUCCUCCUCCUCCUCCUCCUCCUCCCCUUCUUCCUUCUCCUUUCCCCUUCCUUCUUCUUUCCCCUUCCUUCUCCUCUCCCCUUCCUUUUCCUCUUCUCCACUUCCGUCUCCUCUCCCCUUCUCCUCUUCUCCACUUCCGUCUCCUCUCCCCUUCCUUCUCCUCUCCCCUUCCUUCUCCUCUCCCCUUCCUUCUCCUCUCCCCUUCCUCCUCCUCCUCCUCUUCCUCCCCUUCUUUCUCCUCUCCCCUUCCUCCUCACCCUCCCCUUCUUCCUUCUCCUUUCCACUUCCUUCUCCUCUCCCCUUCCUCCUCCUCCUCCCCUUCUUCUUUCUCCUCUCCCCUUCUUUCUCCCCCUCCCUUCCCUCCUAUUUCGCCUCAUUGGGAAGAAGCUAAUGUUUUUUUUUUUCUUCUAAUUAUUUAUGUAUGAAUGUUUCCUGUGUUUUUUGUUUUUUGUAACGGAAAUAUAAAUUGUCUGGUUACCUUUA